GAAGAAUAUUUAGAUAUUUUAGAUUUUUUUAGAGACAAUAUAAUAGCUAAGGGAUGUUUAAGGUGUAAAGAAACAAUUGUUUUAUCUACUAAUAAUUAUGUUUUUUGCAGUAGCGAAAUUUGUAAACAGAAAUAA